ACUUCACUCUGUGAGGGCUGUGGGUGGGAAGAAGAAGGAAGGUUGACAAGUGAGGGGGGGGAGAAGCUGUUACACCCGACAGAAGAGAGAGGGAGGGGCUGGGGAAACCCCAAAACACUACCAUAGCUGAUCCUAUACCUAUAGAGGAGGUUCAUAGCUGUCAUAUCUAUUGGGCUGAGGUUUUUUGUUUUUUUUUACUAUGGACAGAUGGGGAGGGGUCGCUGGCUACAUAGCUUAGGGAUCUGUAGUGUUUGUUUUGUGUUUGGUUUUAACAGCUAAAAGUGUAAAUUUUUAUAUAGUAACACUACUGUUAAGUCUGUCCCUUUAAAUCUCUAUUUAACCCUUAAAAGACGACGUGUGCCUUGAUUCUGUAUAUAUAUAUAUAUAUAUAUAUAUAUAGCCCUUUCUGGGUGAUUCUGUAUAAAUAGAUCUGGGUAAUUCUGUAUAUAGAGACAGACCUAAAUUUUGCCCCCUGAUAAGGCUCGCCUAGUAUCUAAUGGACAGGUAUGGACUGCGUCUAGAUGCGUAAGUCGUGGUAAUACGUAUUUGCCAAGUCAUACGAGUGCAGAGGGGAGAUUGCCCACCAUGUCGCUGGAGGAUCCAUUCUCGGUGGUACGGGGGGAGGUGCAGAAGGCACUGAACACCAGCAGAGGUCUGUACCAGCGCUGGUGCGAACUCCUGCAGGAGAGUCAUGUGACCAGUGCCGAGGAAUUCGAUUGGACUACCAAUGAACUCCGGAAUUCCCUGAGAAGCAUCGAAUGGGACUUGGAGGACUUGGAAGAGACGAUCAGCAUCGUCGAAUCGAACCAGAAAAAGUUUAAGAUUUCGGAGGCUGAACUGACCGAGAGGAGAGACUUUGUGGAGAAGACGAGGAGUUCCUUAAAGGAAAUGAGAGACCACAUCUCCAGUCCCAGAGCACAGGCCUUCACGGAACGAAAGAGCCGAGAGGCAUUGGGCGUCUCUCACCCCCUGACUUCUGAUCGCUUUUCCCGAUUGGACGAUGAGAUCAUCUCAGGAAACUCACGCUACAUUGAGGAGCAACAAGCUCAGCAACAGCUAAUCAUAAACGAGCAGGACGCAAACCUGGAGUUAGUAUCGGGCAGUAUCCGGGUCCUGAAGAACAUGUCAGGGAAGAUUGGAGAAGAACUAGAAGAGCAGGCUAUAAUGCUUGAUGAGUUUUCAUACGAGAUGGACAAUACCCAAAGUCGCAUGGACACCGUCCUCAAGAGAAUGGCCAAAGUAUCGCGCAUGACUAGUGAUCGCCGGCAGUGGUGUGCUAUCGCCGCCCUGGUGGUUAUCCUCUUUAUCCUUCUGAUACUGCUGCUUACAUUGGCCUGAUGAAAGGAGACCCGAGGACAAGGGUGAUCUGUGUAACCCGGUGCUGUUUACAUGGAGACUACGAGUUACAAUCAGGGAAGAAAAUGUGUUUUCCUGUAAGAUGAAGACAGAAUGUGUGCCUCUCUGUAAUAUACUGAACAAUUGCCACUUACCUGUGAUUUAUACUGUGCAAAAUAUACAUUUUUUUUA